AUGGCUGAUUUGAACCCUUCAAGCUUUCUAGACACUUCUGGCGAGACUACGCCAGUCUGGGUGCACACUGACCCGUACUCCAACCGACCAGAGUUCCCAAAGUUGACGGCAGAUGUCUCCGAUGAUGUAUGCGUUAUUGGGUCGGGAAUCUCUGGUGUAUCCACCGCCUACCAUCUGGUAAAGCAGGGCAAAUCGGUCACGAUGAUCGAGGCACGUAACUUUCUCUCAGGAGAGUCAGGUCGAACUUCAGGUCAUCUUGCCUCCAAUCUCGACGAUGGCUAUACAGCUAUCGCUUCCAAGUUCGGCAAGGAUGGUGCAAAGGUUGCUGCUGAGUCUCAUCAAUGGGCUUUGCAGCAUGUGGGGGACGUGGCGCGCGAGUUGAAUAUCGAUUGCGAAUAUAGGAUUCUCAAAGGUUAUACAGUAUCGCAAUAUCCUGUGGGAACCGAAGAUCACAAGAAAGACAUCAAGAUGCUGCAGGAUGAAGUCAACAAAUCACGCGAGCUUGGUCUAGAUGCGAGCUUCCAAGAAGGCUUGAAGAUCCAGGGCUGGGAUGGCGGCGUAGAUCAACGGGCCACCGCGGUCUUUGGUCACCAGGCCACCUUCCACCCUACAAAAUAUUUGAAUGGCCUCCUCAAAUGGCUCAAGAACCAACCGAACUUCACAGGCUAUUCUCAAAGACGCGCGACGAACGUCAGCGAGUCGGGCGUCACUGUACCCGUCGUACAUACUCACCUCGGGCCCACAGGAGUUACGAUCGAGACUGCCAACGGCCAUACUAUUACCUGCACCGACUCGGUCGAGGCAACUUGCGUACCGCUGCAAAAGCUGAGCGUCAUCGCUGAGAUGGUGUACCUUCGAACCUACUGCAUCGCGAUUCGUGUCCCGAAGGGCAGCGUUGAAGACUGUCUAAUCUACGACACCGCCGAAGUCUACAAAUACAUCCGGCUCACGUCUUGCGAUGCGGAAUGGGACUACCUCGUUGUGGGUGGCUGCGACCACAAAGUCGGCCAAGAAAACGAGCAAGACGCGCGCUACGCUGAACUCGAGACUUGGACGCGGGAACGCUUCACCCGCGCAGGACCCGUCGACUACCGCUGGUCCGGACAGAUUUUCGAGCCGGUCGACUACAUGGCCUUCAUCGGUAAGAACUCGGGCGCUGACCACCGAUACAUCAUCACCGGAGACAGUGGCAACGGUCUCACGCACGGUGUUCUGGCUGGCAAGCUGAUCUCCGACUUGAUACUGGGCAAGGAGAAUUCGUGGGCGGAUGUAUAUGAUCCGAAGCGCAAGGCGACGCUUGCGAAGAGCGUGCCUUCGAUGCUCAAGCAUGAUGUUCAGAUCAAUGCGCAGUACAAGCGAUUUCUGCAGACAGAUAUCGCUGACAUCGAGGAUUUGGCCAGGGGCAAAGGCGGCGUCUUGAAUGCGACGGGAAAAAAGCCGAUCGCAGUCUACAAGGAUGAGAAUGGCAAUGUCAGUAAACGCAGCGCACUGUGUCCGCACUUGGGCGGAGUGGUGUGCUGGAACGACAGCGAAAAGAGCUGGGAUUGUCCGAUCCAUGGCAGUCGGUUCGCAAAGGAUGGAACGCAACUGAUUGGACCGGCGGCCGCAGGGUUGAGAGAGGAGGAAUGA